GUGUCUGUGGGCUUCGGUUCUAGCGUGCCGAGCCGCGUCAUUGCGUCAACGCCCGCUUGCCCGGUUCUUACAUACAAGCAUUUGCUGCCCCGGCGCUAAAUAUAAACGCGAUGCUGCAGUCACGGCCCGCUCCAUCGGCCACUGGCCGCAAGGCCAGCACAAACCACGUCUGCUCGCAACUGCAGCCGCUGCUUCCGCGCCGUGGGCCUGGUUUCGCACACAAUCGGACUGCAAAUCACCGCCUAGGUGUUAAGCUGACCUCGACUGCAGUAAAUGUGGCGACCGUGGUGCCAACUUCCAGCACGUCAGCGGACCUCGACUCCCAGGACGGCAAGUACCAAUGGCACAGCCAAUGGUAUCCGGUCGGGAAGGUGGAGGACCUGGACCCCCGGCGGCCGCACGCCACGCACCUGCUGGGCAUUCCACUGGCGCUGUGGAAGGAUGCGCAGGGCCAGUGGCGCGCCGUGGAGGACAGGUGCUCUCACAGGCUGGCUCCUCUGUCUGAGGGCCGCGUGGAGAAGGACGGCACCUUGCAGUGCGCCUACCACGGGUGGCAGUUUGACGGCCGCGGUGCCUGCACACACAUCCCUCAGCUGCGCAAUGACGAGAAGGCGCAGCAGGUGGCGUGUGCCAGCCGCCGCUCCUGCGUGCGCGCCUACCCCACUCAGGUGGCGCACGGCCUGCUGUGGGUGCUGCCGGACAGCAGCGCGGCGGGCUGGGAGAAGGCCGCCACUCCGCCCAGCACGGCGCAGCUGCUGGGCGGCGCCAACGACGACGGCGCCGACCCGGACGUGGGGUGGUACGUGCGCGACAUGCCGCUUAGGUUCGAUACCCUGGUGGAGAACAUCGCCGACCCCUCGCACGUCCCCUUCGCGCAUCACGGAGUCCAGGGCCGCCGCAGUCAGGAGAAGGGCACCAAGCUGACCCUGCAGGACCUGGGCCCUGACGGCUUCAAGACGCCCUUCAACAUGACUGGCGCCGACAUGGCGGUCUCCUUCACGGCCCCCUCGAUCGUGCGGUACCACCCCGCCAGCUCCAACACACCCUUCCUCAUCCUGCUGGCUGUGCCCACGCGCCCCGGCUGGAGCCGCCUCUACCACGGCCUACUCAACUCGGGCCGCAAGCCGACCUCGUUCUUCUUCAAGAUUCUCUCCGCCAUCAGGAAGAUUCAGUGGGCAGACCAUUCGUUCCUGCGCCACCCCAUCCUGGACGGCGACACCUACAUGCUGCACGUGCAGGAGCGGCUACUGCUGGGCAAGAACAACGACUGGAAGGGGUCAUACUACAUGCCCGCGCCCGCCGACGGAGCGGUGGUCGGCACCCGCCGCUGGUUUGACGAGCACGGUGGUGUUGUGCCGACAUGCGAGGCAGGGGUAGCCAUGCCGCCGCAGCUGAGCAAGCGGGAUGCUAUCGAGCGCUACCACCAGCACACCAAGCACUGCAAGGUCUGCAGCCAGGCCCUUCGUAACGUGGAAACUGCCACGUGGCUGGCAGCUGCCGGCGGCGUGCUGGCGGCGCUGGUGCUGGUGGCGCGCGCGGUGGCGGGCCUGCCGCUGCUGGCGCCCGAGUCGGUUGCGCCGGCGCUGGCAGGCGCUGUGUGCGGCGGGCUGGUGGCAGUGCUGCAGGCACUGCGUCAGCAGUUCAUCUUUGUUGACUACGUGCACCAGGACAAGAACUAGAGCUAGGUAGACAUAGCAAGCGGCGAACUGUACUACGCGUUCUGAAGCACCUUUCGCCCGAGUCCUUUAAAGGAUGUGGAGAGGGGGGCUAGCAAGGAAACACGCGAAGUCACUGGGGGUACUAUAUUAAGAGAGAACAUUUAAGGGCUUUCGGUGAGGAGGCAUGUUGUGAGGAGACUACGACAACGAAGUGAGCAAGAGUGCGCUGCGAGCCGCAUUCAAGGGCUGCAGCUAUUGGAAUAUGCACCACACGCGUGGUGCCUGCACAAACAAGGUCUGGAUGCUUAGGAGGAUUGAUGGGCGUGGCUGAAAGAGCGGGUAAACCCCACGGCUACACCGCCUUGACGUACCGUAUUGGCGCGUGCGCGUAUUUAAGCCUGGAGUUGUGCGUGUAGCAGAGAGGCUUGCAAGUUCCGGCUACCGGUUGUACGAAUGAUUGCAUGAGGAUGAGUUGGCGAGAUGCUCAAUUGGAUGCGGGAAACUGCGUGUGGUCGCACCGCCACGGCGGAUGCUGUAGCACAGCACCCCUGCCCUGUAGCAGUUACAGCUAUAAUGAAAGGCGUAGCCUCCCG